UACGUAACAUGUACGUAACAUUUCCUAACAGGCUUCGGUCUGCAGCUGGGAAAGAUGGCGGCGUCCAAGGUGAAGCAGGACAUGCCCCCUCCCGGCGGUUAUGGUCCGAUGGAUUAUAAGCGGAACCUUCCCCGUCGUGGUUUCAGCGGCUACACCAUGUUUGCUAUUGGAAUUGGGGCCAUGGUGUUUGGAUAUUGGAGAAUUGGCACUUGGAACAGAGAGAGAAGGCGGCUCUAUAUUGAAGACUUAGAGACUCGUGUGGCAUUGCUUCCCCUCUUCCAGGCAGAGUCAGAUCGAAGGACAUUACGAAUUUUGAGAGAGAAUUUGGAGCAAGAGGCCAUUAUCAUGAAAGAUGUCCCAGACUGGAAGGUUGGAGAAUCUGUCUUUAACACAGAUCGCUGGGUGACUCCUACACUAAAUGAACUUUACAACCUCCGUUCACGAAAAGAAUUUAAUAAUACAAAGUCUGCUUUUCAGUGGUAUGUCUGAGCCACAUUUGGACUAUGUAUUUAAAAUUGAAAAUAAAACUUUCUCCAAACUUU